CAUUUGUCCAUCGCUCUUCUUUAAAAGCCACAGUGAAUAUGUCUCUAUUGUGCCCUAGUGGUAGUCGUCACAAAGGUGCUAUUUGGUUAGUGAGAGUUGAGGGUUCCCCGCCAGGCCAAAACAGGAACCUGAGGAACAAGGGUAGGAGACGUCACAUCCUGUUGGCCGUCGUCCGUCUUGCCAAGCCUCCAUGAGGCCUGUCGCGCUGUCAGUCAAGCAUGUGUGCCGGCCAAUCCAUCUCAAGGGUGCGACAGCCCAAACAAUAGAGCGGCUGAUAGGGAAACCAGACUUCAUCUAUCACAAUAUGUCCCACGGGCAGGACUGGAAACACCUACAGGAGAACACAUGCAUAAGAAUGCACAAUAGUGGAGAUAUGACAGCACUACACUGGGCUGCGAAACAUGGUAAAGAAGACAUGACCAAUAUGUUGGCAGAAGCAGGGGCUGACAUCAAUAUAAAAGCACAUGGAUACACACCGUUACACAUCGCAGCACUGCACGGCCAUCGACAUAUAUAUGACCUGCUGGUCAGGACAUACGGAGCGAAGGACAAUCUGCGGGACUACAGCGGCCACUUAGCAUAUCAUUACCUCAAUGUACGGGAGACGCAAUUAGAAGACCAUGAACUAUCUGAAGUCAGCGAGUGCCACAGCCUGACCCAGGCCGGCGAGCGCAGGAACAGGAAGAUCACCUCAUUAUUUCAUUCCAUGAAGAAGUGGGGUUCAGCGGAGGACCUGGCGCCCGUGCCGGAGGAGAGGACUGUUGCUCAUCAGCUCAUGCUGCCUGCGUUUAGACCCAGAAAGUUUUCACGGUAGACUGUGUGAAGUCUCGCUUUAGUGCCGCUUGAGUAGUGUACAGAUGAAAACACACUUUGCUGCUUUAUUUGCACAAAUAGUAUGCUGUAGUUGUAUUCACAUUUAAGUAGCUUUUUAGCUUUAUUAGCAUUUGUAGUAUUAUGCCACAGCUGUGUGCGAUAAUGUAUAAGUGUAAUGUCUUAUUUUCUCUGCUAAAGGUUUACAUUUUUCAUUAAGCAAUGAAAAGGUGCAUUUUAAAUGACCUGUUCAUCUGAUGAUCCCAAAGUUUUACAAGUAUGAAGAACUAUGUUGUCUGUAUGUUAAUGCUAAAGUUCUGUCUUGAAUAGAGACCAACUUCAGCUUUUAUUUGCCUUAUUUUCACCUUACCAAACUUAAAAGUCAGAAUCACAGUUUAUGGUUCUUCUGUGAGAAUGUUUUUCAUCCUUAAAGACAACAAAAUCAAAAAAUACCUUAUU